AGGGGCCCCGGGGACGCGAGCCAAGGCCUGGGGCUGAUGGUGAUUGGAAGAGGACUGUCAAAAGGGUCUGGAAAGCACAGUUUUGCUGUGAAAAGCAAAGAUCCUUUACCUGUACAUUUUACAAGAAAUGUGCAGAAAGCCAUUGAUAAAUAUACAUGUGAAUCCGUGUCAUCGCUCUCCUCCAGUGGAGCUGCCACGCCCACAGACGCACACCACUCCUGGUCUGGGACACAGAGUUCUACCACUGGCUUGUCUACGGAAAGAAGCUCGAUUUACUCUUGGAGAGAUGAUGAAUUUGACAAAGCCAACACACAGAAAGUGCAGCAGCUCUUCUGGGAGGUCGAGGAAAUGUUAUUUGAAGGGAGAGUAAGCGCUCAGACCCAGAACCUCCUGGGUGAAUGCAGCGAGUGGGCCGCAAGGUCCCUGCACCUGAGAGUGUUAGGAAGACAGCUCAUCCCGCCAGCUGAUGAAGGCUUCCAGCAUUUCCGGGGCUGUGGGCCUAGUAGUCCUGUAGCCCACAAAGCCUUGCUUGAGGCCUGUGAGCGCAGCAGCAACAUCAGAGAACUCUGCAUCUCCGGCUCACAGAUCCUGCUGGCGGCACCCUCAGCUCCUGCUCUGCUGGGGGCUGAGAGCACAGGGAUCCCUGACCUGGGGGUGUGUUCACUUCUGGAAGAAGAGGUUUAUGAUGUGGAUGGAAAGAUUGAGGAGUAUUUCGCUUUUGAUGGAAAAGAAGAUGACGAUGAACAUCUUGGGCAUAAAAAAGUUCACCGUGGAAGAAAGUGGUGUAAACAUGGGCUUCCUCCCAUCUCCCCUCACGACUGUGUCAGAGAUGCGGUAGCUGCAGAGGUCUUUGAUCAUGUCUGGAGAAAUGUGGUAGAGUUACUGGAAGGUCUGGUCAGAAGCCACUGGGAAACCACACUGCCAGAAGGAAAAAAACAGAAAGAAAAAUCAAAAGUAGCUGAAAAUAAAUCUCAACAUAUACUCAUUUCUCGUUUUAACACUGAUACACCAAGUGUUCCCCCAUCCAGAAGUUCUGAAACUCGAAGCGUGUCUCAUCUGAUCCCACCUCAGAUUCAUCGCUUCUCCAACAAUUUUUACAGUGAUUUGAAUGGUGUGAUGACAAUUCGAGCUAAACCACUUCAGCAGAGACCUACCUACUUUGCAGAUAGAACACAUGAACAGGAGGACAGAUCGAUGGGUAUAGUGGCCCGUGCUCCUUCCUCAGCACGGCACCAACCCAGAAGAACCUCAGAUGCUCGCGGACUGCAAACUUCUGCCAAGAAAACUCCCACACACAGGAGGCUGCCUUCUCUCACUUCAGAUUCACAGAGACUUAAAACUCCCAAUGUGUACAGUGAUGAAGUUCUUAAGGGAACAAAACUGCAAACUGGCACAGACCACACGCCUUCCCAGGUUCAAACCUCACGGAGCAGGUUACCCCCAAUAGGCUCAGAGACCGGUGAGCAGAACGCAGCAGCUCCAGGAUCCCGCCCUGUUUCUUACAGAGGGCGGAAUCCACAAAAUCGCAUGCUAAGUGCAGUUCCUGACAGUAUAGAGCGGUCACCUCUCAGAGAAAGAACCAUCACUGUGGACCAGUUUUCAAGGCCCAGCACAACCCAUACGUUCCGGUUGGAUACGCCUCGGAAAAGUUCACUGACGCCAGUGGAAUUUGCUGGUCACACGUGGACUGGUCAAAGCUUUCUGACAGGUUCACAGUAUCCACCUAAAUCAUUUCAGAGGACAACCUUGACUUCAAGAAAGAGAUUCCAAGUGGCGUCUUGAUUUUACUUCGCUGGAACUCUGAACUACAGCAUUGAUUGGUGCGUUAGAAAAAGAAGCACACCGUGUAUCGCUUGAAAAAUGGGAGGACAAGUAUUAUCCUAUGCAUCUGUUCAUCUAACAGUCCGAGAUUUAGAUUGUAUCUACCUGAGAGAAAUGUAAACAAAUGAACAACUUCAUUUUGAACCUGGGAGUGAAGUAGCUUUGCACUAUAAAGGGAAUACAAGUCAAAACAUCAGCCUUCUUUGCUGGAGGCGUCCCCAAGGCUCUUGUGACUUUACACAGAAGAUGCUAAUAUGUGUUUAUGAUUCACCAUUGCGGCAAUUAUACACACACGUAAUUCCACUGUGUAUGUAUUCACACACUAGAGUAUACUAGCAAGAAAUAUCUCCUUUUUGUAACUUCCUGUCUCAAUGAUUUUUGUACUUCUUUCUAUUAAUAACGCCAUCAAAAUUCUAGUCCCUAAUAGUUAUUAGUUCCUUCUUCAAAAAACAGCACUAAUCUUUGAUACGUCAGUUUGAAUAAGGGCUCAGAUUAUUCUAGUCAUUACGCUGAUUUAUAUAUACAUUUUUUUUUUUAAACAGUUCUUUAGUCCUGAACGCUUUGAGAAAUAUCAGUGGGUAAUUCUCCCAAGUUGACUUUGUCUUACUAGUUUUCAUUUUCAAAUUCUGGCAAUCCAUUUAAAAUUAUCCCAAAUCUGUUGAUAUUUGAAGUUGAAUAUAAACACCAGGAGUGAAACAUAGGACAUAUGGUUGCGUGCUUGUUGUUACAGCUGAAGUAUUCGUCUGCUUGCAGCAACCCCUCCUGGUGUCAUCAUGGUCUGAUCUUCACAGAAAUGUCUUCUCUGCAGUGAAGCCGUUCCUGACCCUUCCGUCUAAGCUAGCAGCUCUCUUCUCUCUCUGUCCUUUUGCCCUGCUUUUUUUAUUCAUUUUUUUCCAUAGCAUGUAUCCUUUCUGACAUUGAUGUAGAAAAUGGAGCAGAGAAUGUGGAAGAAAAAUUAUCAAUCAGAGGCAAAGCUGUAGGUGAUUUCUUUUGUCCUCCAUUGUUUUCUUCAUAGUGAUUUAAAUCCUGAGACUCAUUGUGAUGCUCUCAGUUCACCUGGUCAGCACGCUUUCUGCCUUUCUAUCAGAUAAAUUCCUGUAUUCUAUCAACCCAAGUUUUACUAAUCCAAAAUGAAAACGUAUACAUGUAUACCGUAUAAGUAUGUAACAGACUAUUUCCAGGCUUACUUCCGGCUGUAAGAAAAGGAAUCAUUGACUACUUACCGGUGUCUGUAAAUUCAAAAGUGUGUUGGGACUAGAAUUUGUGUUGUUCUUUAUCACAGAGGGGCAGAACAAAAAUACCCUAGGGUUUUGUCUCUGAUUGAUAAUGUCUCCUUACGUCCCCUACGCCGUUUUCUAAGUUAAGGAGACGUUUUAGGGAGUAGGCGUCAAGGUGAGCACUGUCCAUACCUCUUUUAUCAGCCACAGCCCCAUAACACUAGGGCAUAUUUCUAAUGCUUAGCUACCCACACACAGUACAGACCAAAGCAUUUUGAGAAUUUCCUAAAUUAUUCCAAAACAUUGGAAACUUUUAAAGAGAAAAGGCCACCUUAAUUAGCAGUUAUCACACUUGGCGGGGGUGGGGGGGUUCUUGCCAUAUAAGCACUCCAGAAGCCCUGCUCCUCAGGGUUACCAAUAAGGUGAUUUCUGGUCCAUAAUUCCUGCUAAACGUGCCCUUUCUACCCACUCUGCACUUUCAGAGAUGUUUAGGGUAUUUAUAUCAAUUUCCAGGGCCUGUCCGGAUCCUUCCUUAUCAGCCCAGACUGCUUAGAAGGGAAAAUGACUGACAUGCAGCCUAAACUAGCAUGAAGUUAGGGUAAACAAACAGAAAAAACCCAUUGCCAUCAAGUCAAUUUCGAUUCAUAGCAGCCCUGUAGGACACCGUAGAACUACCCCAUAGGGUUUUCAAGGAGCGGCUGGUGGAUUCCAACUGCCGACCUUGUGAUUAGGAGCCAAACUCUUAUCCAAGAUAAAUUAUUUUUCCUUAGAGGAGGACCACUGAAUACAUUUCUAUGGUAGUCUUACUUUGUUUGACUUGAGUUUUGCAAAUAUAAACCUAUCAUUAUAUAUAUUGUUAAAAUGAUAGUUUAAAAAAUGUAACCAAGUACAGUGAUCUUGAAUCAUAUAUUCUAAGCAUCUUUGAUGGAGAGAUAAAAUACCAUCUUAUAGCGUGCAUAGGGACUUGGCCCUGCCACUGAUUUUAAAAAUGACUUCCUCAUAGCACCUACCUGGACACCCAUAUUACGAAUAAUUAAUUUUUAGGUUGAGAUGGUGCUAUUAAAACUGAUUAGGUAAAAAUUAGGACAGUAUUUUUUAUAAUAAUCUGCUUUGACAAAUGAGUCUGAUCUGAGAAUUUUUCUGUUAAAAACUGAAAAUAUCAAAUUGAAUUAUAUCUGAAAUCAGUUUUUAAAUUCAAGUUGUGACUACAUUGAUUAGAAUGUUUGUUAUUUCAUCCAAAAAUAAGAAUGAAGGAACUUAAAAUUAAUCUGGCUAAGAAAAUGUAAAAUACCCUAAGAAACUGCAAGAUUUUGCAAAUUUAAUAUAAAAGGAAGUAUCCAUGUUAAUGUUAUUAUGAACUAAGAUGGGAUUGCUAUACAAUUAAGGUGUACAUUAUGUAAUAUAAUGAAUCAUUUGGGUAUUAUGUUUUUUAUUGUCAGCGUUUUUUUAUGGCUACAAAUCAUU